GCCGAGGGGCGGGGGGGGGGGCGAGGCGAGGCCGUUGCUCGGUGGCCCGGCGGGAGGGACGGAGGGAGGGGGGGGCGGCAGCAGCGGGAGGCAGGAGCCGGGGGAGGCCCCGCGGGGCCCGGGCAGGCGGCGAGCGGAGGCCGCGGCGGCAGAGAUGGAGCGGAAAAGCUGCUCCGAGCAUACAGAUGCAGUAAGCGUGGAUAACUGCGUGCACGGUUUCACGUCAGAAUUGUCCGGAAACAAGCGCUCUCGUGUGCGAUCGCCAGCCUUGGGAAUUAACACCAGUCCGAGCCCAAGCGGUAAAAAGUUCCGAAGCAAGCCCCAGCUGGCUCGCUACCUGGGGAGCUCCAUGGACCUCAGCACUUUCGACUUCCGCACGGGAAAGAUGUUGAUGAGUAAAAUGAACAAGAACAGACAGAGGAUGCGCUACGACUGUUCCAACCAAGCCAAAGGCAAGCCUGAUUUGAAUACAGCGUUGCCUGUCAGACAGACAGCCUCCAUAUUCAAACAGCCCGUCACAAAGAUCACAAACCAUCCCAGCAAUAAGGUGAAGAGUGAUCCUCAGAAAGCUGUGGACCAACCCCGGCAGCUCUUCUGGGAGAAGAAAUUAAGUGGACUGAAUGCUUUUGACAUUGCGGAGGAGCUGGUGAAAACAAUGGACCUUCCAAAAGGUUUACAAGGGGUUGGACCUGGUUGCACUGAUGAAACCCUUCUCUCUGCUAUCGCUAGUGCUCUGCACACCAGCACUAUGCCCAUCACUGGCCAGCUGUCUGCAGCCGUCGAGAAGAAUCCUGGAGUUUGGCUAAACACUUCGCAGCCGCUUUGCAAAGCAUUUAUGGUGACAGAUGAAGAUAUUAGGAAGCAAGAGGAGCUGGUGCAGCAGGUGCGAAAGAGGCUGGAGGAAGCCCUGAUGGCUGACAUGCUUGCGCACGUAGAGGAAAUUGCAAGAGAUGGGGAAGCUCCUUCAGAGAAAGAAGGAGGUGAGGAAGAAGGAGAAGAGGAGGAGGAGGAAGAGGAACAGGAUCACGACCAGGAGAUGGAGAAUGUAUAGUCCAGGGAGUUCCAUCUAAGAAUUCCCAGUAUAAACCCUAUCAGCAGGGUCAGCACAACUAUUUACAAAGCCAAGAGUGUCUGCAGAGUAAAUUGCACCAACAAUCCGACUGUACCUAUGAGCAUUUUGAUGUACACUUCAGGAAAAGUUGAGAAGCUGAUGGUUCAUUAAUUGCUGGGUAGUUUUGAAGAUGGAACUUGACUAAACUCUACUCCCCCUUCUUUUUCUAAAGGGGUAGGGUAAUCAGGAAGACAAAAAUGGGAGGGGAUAAAGGAAUAUAAAAGAGUGGGAGGGAAUAUAAUAGGAACCAAACUUCCUGUCCUUUUUUUUUUUUUUUUUUUGUGGGUCAGUGAUUUUUCAAGCUUUUCUAGCAAAGUAUCUUUAACAAUGACCCAUCAAAGCCAUUUUCUCUCUAAUGCAAGUGAGAGAGAUGCUGUUUUCACUCCUUGGCUACUCUGCUGUAGGCUACCUGUUUGUACCAGACUGUAGGGAGGUCAUUUUAUGUUGUGGAUUGUCAUUCCAUGUGUCUAUUUGGGUCAGUGAAUUUCAUUUUCCUCGCAAGACCACAUUGGUCUUGAAAGCGUAGUCUCAGAGAUGAACUACCAGUGCCUCUUCCACCUGAGGUUUUGAUGAGUAGGGGAAGUUACACGUGAGGAGCUGGUCAAUGGCAAUCUGGUUUUUAGCGAGUUCCAACACCACACCGAAUGCACUACUGUGCACAUUUUAGAUACAGAGUUCUGUGUAUGUCCAAGCAUAGCAGAACAGAGUUUUGAAGAUAAAUAUACCCGCUCUGUGGUAUAUUUUGCUUUGGUUUAGGUCUGGUCAGAAGGACCUUCUCAACUCAGAAUGGAAGGAUGACUCAUUUCUGACUGACAAUGAGGAAGACUUCCUCUUUUCUCUUCUGGUGCCAAGAACCCUGACCUCUGUUUCUGUGUGUGUGGAGGGAAGGGGAUCCAUUCCAAUAGGUGUGUCUACACAUCUGCUUUCAUGUGCAGUAAUGUUCUGACCUCUUUUAAAAACAAGAAAGGCAAAAGGUUGAUUUUUCUAUAAUUGAUAUCUAAAUGAAUCUAAAGCUUUUUAUUAAGUAUUAAAUCUUUCUUAUUUGCAUGUGCAGUGAAGUGACCAGCAUUUUGUGUCCAAAAAAUGAAAUGAUGUGAAACCUGCCUUAAUGUGUUUAUAAGUAUUUGGCUUCACCAUGGGUACCUUGAUUGAUUCAUCAGUCUCUUCUAGUACAACUGUGAGCAUAUUGGGGUAACUUGUGGCUAAAAAGGGAUUUAUCUGGGGAGGGCGGAUAGAGAGAUGGGAGAAAGAUGUGUGUGUAGCUUGGAGAAUGCGUUGACUAGGUUGCAGAAGUUAUUUUAGUCUUAGGGUAUCCAUUGCAUAAUUUGUGCAUGGAUGUCUCAGCUGAAAGUACAGUAUAAAGUGGUGGAUGAAAUAUUGUGCCACUAACCAAUUGUACAAGUUGUUGGUAUCCCAAAACUUGGGGAAGAAAGUAGCUCCCAGAGCCUUUAUCAUGUAAGAAUGAUUAGCAGGAACAGCAAGGGACCAGGGGAAUUGCCUGGCGAGUAAUAGCCUUUGGGAGUAGUUCAGUGUAGUGAUCUGAAUAGGUUUAAGCUCCUUGAAAAAUAUCCCAUGCCAAAGUGACUGAUACUAUAUUAACUCUUUUCUUAAAGAAGUGAGAAUACAAAAUUCUUUGAUACUGCUCAUUUGGAGUACUGCAAGAAGACUGAAUUGUACUUUGCUGCUGCUCUACCAGGUAUUCCUUUGGGGAACUUUACCUGCUACUGCAGCCAGUGAAAAUUACUUUCCUUUUUGAACAGUCUGUUACGGUUAUUAUUCUGUAAAUCUGUCCUCUUGUAAUUCAUUGUGUUGAAUUAAAUGUUUCUCACAAAGUAGAGAUUCUUCUGGUCUCCCUCAAGCCCCUGCUUGGAGUUUUUGUGCUGUGCCCCUUCCAGAAAAGCUCUUGCGUUUCUGUGGUGGGCUCUGUUCUGACAUUUGGAUCUUGACGUUUGAGACCCAGAAGAGGAGAAUGGAUGAAACUUGUGGAAAGCCAGUUCCUUCUUGCUGCAGAGUCCUCUGUGUCCUCACUGAGGAAGAGGCUACCAGGAUGUCCUGUGUAACGGGCGAGUUGCUGAUGUGGUCGUCUGAAUCUCAACUCUAGCAGUUUACAAUCCAUCCUGGAGGGGGUUUCUUGAACAUGGCCAUCUUGUUCUGACACUAUUUCUUUUGACUUUUUAAAAACUUUUUAAAUAUCUAGUGAUGUCUUUUACUUUUUAUUUUAAUCAAAAUAAAUUUUAAACAUAUGUAAGCA